CACUCCACUGAUCCACACGUGUUUGUUAGCCUACUGUGCUACUGGGCAAGUUUAGAUAUUAUAUUGUUAGCAUGAGAUGAGACUGUAUAUGGUCUUAGAUUUUGGAUAUGUCUAUUUGAUGAUAUGACAUAUGCUUUGGUUUUAGAGGCUCAUUACAGAAAAGUGAUGUAACUCUAUGAACUUACCAGACUGUUCUACUCAUUCUGAUGUUGCCUUACCCACUUAGUCAUUAUAUCCACAUUGCUGAUGAUUAUUUAUGAAAAAUCUCACUGUGUUAAUAUUGUGUCAACUACCAAUUGUCUUCCCUACAAUUCCGAUAUUGAAGUAUAAUAUUGUGAUAUUUGAUUUUGUGCUUUUGUGCUUCUUAUGGAGGCAGCAUUUGCUUGAUCAUCAGCUCACCUAUUUAUCUGUAUCUACCAGCUUUGCAUGUACAGAUUAAUUUGGAUUUACAUCCAGUACACUAGUGCUAGGCGACAUGGCCUAUUGGCAGUAAAGCCACUUGUUUAAGAUUUGGAUGGUGAUCACUGACUUCUGUAAAAUAGUUACAUUAAUGUUACAUGCACAUCAACAGCACUUGAUAUUUUUACCUGAACUUAUCUUUUUACGAAGUCCUGCUUGAUUUUGUACUUUAUCUCAGCUGUUUCUGGCUUUAUUUAGUCUUCUCAUUGGAUUGUAAAUGAGUUUAGUGCAGACAUAUGUUCCUUCCAGGAACAUCAGACAGCAUUAAUGACUGAGAGAACAUGACUGAAUGUAAGAUCUUUCAUAUUAAUGGCAGUGAAAACAGAAGACAUUUUGAGUGGCAGAAAAAAUGGUUUUGUUCCUUGGGAGUUUUCGUUGGAGAAAAGUUGGCGAAAAAAACAUCUCCAGGUUAUACAUCCUCUCUUUUCAUCCAUCGUUUAUGACCUGAAGAAUAACACCUGGCGGUUAUCAGGUGUUUUAGGUUUGUAAUCUUAAAGCUGCUAAAACAAACUUUCAAUUUGAUGUUGUCUUUGGUGGCCCCUGUCGGCAAGAGAUUAAUAUGGUGGGACAAAGUUAACUUUGUUUUAGUGCCAUAUCGCCAUUCAACCACAGCAGCUUCUUUCAUUCAGCUUUCAUGACUGAUCCAGUGAUAGGCAUCGCCAUCUUCUUUCCUGAACAUCAUAUAGAGGCAUCAGUAUUAAGCUGAGACUGUUUCAUUAUCAGUUAAAAAACCCUUGUAGAAUGUUGAGGUUAAACUUGAACUUGCCGAUUUUUAGUGUACGGUCAACACACUAGAUUUAUCCUCUUAAGCCCUCUGUUUCUUUUUUCUUCCACUCUCAUUUGGAAUUAUUUCUCACAUAAUUUACAUAAGAAUAUUGUGUUUGUUGUUGUUGUUGUUGUUGUCAUAGUAGUAGUAUCAUUAGUUUGUAGUAUAGUACAGUGGUAUUGCAGGUGCAACAACCUUUUCUGUUUUCGGGAUUCUGUUUUCUGCAUUCCGAAGAGUAUUUGAAAGGAAAAGUGUCUGAGGACAUUGUUCAUUUGUUCACUGGGGGAAAAAAAGCACUUUUCAGUGCUCUGGCUGUCACUUUAAGGGGGGCAUUUCAGACAAAUUGCCCAGUCCCCCGUGUCUUGCUCAGACAGCUCCAGUGUGUGUGUGUGUGUGUGUGUGUGUGUGUGUGUGUGUGUGUGUGUGUGAGAUCAGGGGGUAUGAGCUGAGAAUAAAAGCGAGCUUCGUGGAGACGGAGCCAGAAGUGUCCAGUUAUUAGCAUGCUGGUCUGGUCACUGUGGCCCUGUUGCCUUUCUGCUUUCACACAGUCAGAUUGAAGGCCUGCUGUUGGCUGUCACCAUUUAGAAUCCUGCAGGAGAUAGAUCAACACUGAUGUAAACUUAACCACAGAGAAAUACGGCAAAGACCUGCAUUCGGAAGGAUGACCAGUUUGCUUUGAAGCAACAGUUAAAGGGAAAAGAGCAGCAGCUUUUUAUAGGCUCGAAACUUUCGAUUUAGCUUUGGAAGCAGACUUGGCAGAUUUCCUUGCAUCUUUUCUGAGUUGGCUGUAUCCUGGCUACUACUGUGGCUUGCUAACUGUCAAGGGAAACGAGUCUUUCUCGGAAACAAAAGAAACACUUUAAACUUCCACAUCUCUCAAACCCCAGCAUUCCUCACCAGAACAGAAGGACCUUCGUCCUCACAACAGCAACAUCACAGGCGGAUCAGAGAAAUCACUGCUUCGACUCCAAGAUGCUGAACCUCAACUCACCGGACGACAACAGCAACAGGAACUCUCUCCAGGACCCGGUGUCACUGAACGUUGGGGGAGAGGUUUACACUACCACCCUGGACACCCUGACACGCUGCCGGGACUCCAUGCUAGGUGCUAUGUUUACUGGACAAAUCCCUGCGCUUAAAGAUAACAGAGGAAAUGUUUUCAUAGACCGUGACGGUAAAGUGUUCAGGCACAUCCUGAAUUACCUGCGCUCCAGCUCCCUGGACCUGCCCGAUGGCUUUUCAGAGCUGGCGCUGUUGCGGAGGGAGGCGGAUUUCUUCCAGAUACGCCCCCUGCUGGAGGAGAUUCGCCACUAUGAGACAUCAGUGCCUCUCAGCCUCAGGGGAGGGCCGCUAGGAGCCAUGAUUAUGGUGAAUGUUGAUUGUAAGGUUCGCGUUCUGCACUUUAACUUACGCCAUGGGCCAGAAAACUAUGAGCUUCGCACGUGCUCCGUGCAAGCAUUCACAGUUGAUCUCUUUUGUACCUGGAGAGCCUUCCUGACUCUGCUCUGUGAGCGCUUCUCCUACAGAACAUCGCAGGGUCUCACCAGCCCCCGUCCAUGCAACCCGAGGCAGAACAGGCUGAAACUGGAGUGGGUGCCGAGACCUGAUGAACUCCCCCAGGACCAGUACGACAAGCAGCGCUACCGGGGCCUUACCAUCUCUAACCCUGAGGUCUCGCAGUCCGCUGACAUCAUGAACAUGCACUGGAGCCCCUGUGAAAUCACAGACAUGCAGGGGUUUGUGGAGGAGCUGCUGAAGGUGUCUCUGGCUGAAGGAUUUAAGGUCGAUUUGGUGACUCCCGACCCAGCGGAAAUUCUGAACUGCACCUCACUUCGGCUUAUCAAGUGCUGAGCUCUAGGAAAACAAACGUAACGUCAAAGCAUCAGAACAUGCCAAGUUAAAGAACUGCAGAUGGUUCUCUCUAGUCACAACUUAACCAAUUAUUCUUGAGACUUGUUUAAUGAAAUCUUUUAUGAGUUAGGGUUAGGGCUAAGCAAUAUGGAAAUCUAAAGGCUACAGAUUAUGGCUAGGAGGUAGUUGAAAAUAUGUUGUGUCUUUGCUCUCUCUAUCUGUUCUCUGUCCUAGAGUUAACCAGAAUAGUAAAUAAUAGACAGUUCAAAAAAACUGAGAAUUACAAAUUCUGACACGUCAUAUUGGGAAUAUUUAAAUGUUACAUUUAGAUGCAACUGAGCCCUUUUCAGAUAUGCAAUGUGAAACAAUACUGGCUUCAUCUAUCUGUGAAACUGAUGACUUUGACAGUGAAUGUACGUAGUCUUGUAUAGCCAGACCUAUGUAUCUCGAAAAGUCUGGCCCACAACUUGGUCUUUAAACCAAUCACAAUUGUUUUUGCCAGUGCAUAACCCAGGAUGGAGUGACAGUGCCCUAGCAAAAUAGUGUAAAGGUAGAUUUGGUUUGCAUGUGGGGAGGUGAGCCCUGGCAUUAAAAUGGCAAAAUCCCUGCAAAAGAAAGGGCAACUACUUACGUUCAUGCCAUUGGUGAACAGGUUAGUGUUGAAGAAAGUUGCCAGGUUCAGUGUGUAGGUUUUCUGGCUUGAAAGGUGUUGUUGUUUGUUCAUGUAGCAAUGGGGGUUGUGAAAACAAUAUACAUGGACAGCUGAAGGCAGGCAGAAAGAGGCAACCAGUGGCAGGCUUUAUACCUGUAGUCUAUAUCCAGUAAGUCAGUCUGGCUGACUUACUGCCCCUUACCUGCCCCACUUUGUCCUUACCUGCCCCACUUUGUCCUACUCUGAUAUAUUUGAUAUCACAAUUGCAAUCUGCAUGCCUAAACCUAAAAAAAACAAAACAAAACAAAAAACAACCAAUGAAGGUAACCAAUCAGAGGCAGAGUAGGACAGGUCUAAGCAAGAGAAACCAUGUGUUCCAAAUAAGACAUUUGGGCGGCAGCUAAGUGCAUGGGUUAGGUGUGACAACCAGCAAAGGAAGUGACUGUCUGAAAACAUCAGUGGCGGCUCAUAAUGAGGUAAGUGUAGCAUCAGUUGUAUCAGAACUGUAGAGAAGGGCAGAGUAUUUACCAUCUGGCCACUGGUAGUAGCACUCUUCUACUGUUAGCCCGCAAUAGACUAAUAAUUCAACCAAUCACCUGCCAAGAAUGUUUUGAAAGCGACUGCCAUUUUCUAAACAGUUUCUAGUGACUCUAUCCAUGUACAGGACUGUUAUAAAUGGAGCUUGAAUGUAAAUUCAAAUAAGUGAGUGUUUAUAGGCAAAGCUAAACUGCAGUCUACUGCGGCUUUGGACCAGUGUCAGUUUCCUGAAUAAUCCUACACAUCCUCCCAAAACGAUCUCUCAUGACUUUCCUCAUUUAUUAGAUUGUGAUCAAUGUAGCAUUCUGUUCCUUGUUGUCCAUAUCUGUCCAUACCAUUCCAACUAAAAUCAUAACACCCAUUGCAAAAGCAGCAUCUGCCAAAAUAAUAGUGAUAUGGUUGUUUUUGCAUAUCGUGCAGCUCUACCAGAGACCAUAAAAUGUUGUCAUAAUGAAGUAAAGUUGUUUGUUGGGUUCCUUGCAUGGAAUGAAAGAUAAAAAUGUAGUUAAGACUGAGCUAAUGAUUGGAGUUUUCCUUCCUCUUUUAUGCCAACACAAAAACAAAUGUGCCUAGACAUUAAAAGUGCUUAUUCCUUCCAUGUUCCAUGAUUAUUUUAACUAACUGCAUAUCCUUGUGGGAGGGCUAUAUCCGUUUGCCCUUUGACUGACUCACAGGGGGAGUCAGAUGAGUUAUGGACUGAGUGCGUAAUUUUAGUCUGGAGGAAGCUGUAGUAAGGGAAGUUGAGAGGAGGAAAAGAUGCAUCUCUGCUGAGGAGGAAAGGUGUCUAGUUGCACAAAGACUCUUUGGUUCUUUCCUUUCGCUCCCUCUCUGAACUUCCUUCCUCGGUCUGUAAGAUUGAAUGGUUCAGCAGCCGUUUGAGUGGACAGUCUGGUUUAUCAUGAGUUGCAUCACGCACAAGGGACAUGAGUAUUCUCAGAUGUGACUAGAAUGUUUACAUCCCUGGUUUACUGUCUUGUUCAUAACUGGUUGAAGGUAGCUGUGGUUCCAAGUACUCACUGUGUGUGUAUGUCUGUCUAUUUUUCCU